CAAAAAAAAAUUCAUAAUUCUUUUAAAGAAGAAUAACUAAAGACGCACAUACUUACAUACGAAAACAAAAUAUAUAACAUUAAUAAUUUUUUAAAAUAAAAGAACAAAAAGAGAAAAAGAACAACGCAAGUACCAUAUAAGUACAAUUUGGAGGAGAUUUAUUUUUAAAAGGAAGAGGACAAAUCACAUAAAUAAAUCAACAAAAUGUCAAUUUCAGAUUUCCGUAGAAAGAAGCUUUUAUACGUUUUCCACGUCUUCUUUGAUGUCAAUCAAAGCGGAGAGAUCGACUUAGAUGAUUUCAAAUUGGCUAUUGAAAAAGUAUGUUCCUUAAGAGGCUGGGGAUCAGGACAUCCAAAAAAUGCAGAAACACAUGAUAUUAUGUUAAGAAUUUGGGAAGGUUUACGAUCAAAAGCAGAUAGAGAUGGUGACGGCCAGGUAUCUGUUGAUGAAUGGUGUAACAUGUGGGAUGCUUAUGCUAAAGAUCCUGAUUCCGCUUUAGAUUGGCAACAAAGAUACAUGAAUUUUAUGUUUGAUUUGGAAGAUGCAUCAAAUGAUGGUGCAAUCGAUGCAAAAGAAUUUGCUCUCGUUUGUUCAAGUUAUGGCUUAGAUAAAUCUGAAUGUGAACAAGCUUUCACAAAAAUGUCACAGGGUGCAGAAGAAGUUACUCGUGAACAAUUUGCUGAUUUGUGGAAAGAAUAUUUUUCUGCUGAGGAUAAAAAUGCUCCCGGCAAUUUCAUUUUUGGAAAACUUUCAUUUUAACGUAAUUAAUAAAGAAAAAUUAAAAAAUUUAACUACCAUAUUAUAUAUCUUUAUAUAUAAAAGCGAUUAUAUAAAAAAUGAGUAUUUUAAUUAUAUAAAUAAAUUAAUAAAAAAAAAUAUUAUAUAUAUGAAAAAAAAGUUUUUAAAUUUUCAGAGAAAAAAAAAAUCAAUUAUGUAACAAACCAGAAAAUAUUUAUUAUAAAAAUUAAAUAAAAUAAAAAAAUGUCUCGAAUUUUAAAUUUAUUUUGUUUUAUUUUUUUUUUUUGUUUUUUAGAUAUUCGAAAACUAAAUAUGUAAUUGUAAUAAAAAAAUUUAAUGAAAUUUAACAAAAUGAUGACGUUCACUUAUUAUAAAAGUAAUAACAGUGAAAACUUUGUAAUAUUGUGAAUAAUAUAGUGUUAAAAUUAAAAAAUAAAAAAAGAAACAUAAUUAUUAUAUAUAGAGAAAUACAAAAAAAAAAGUAAAUUAUGAAAAAAUUCAAUUAAAUAGAAAAAAAAAAUAAAAGAAAAUUUGUACUUUUUAAAUUGCCAUAAGAUCGAAAUCCAAAAAUAUAAAAAUUAAAUAAUAAUUAAUUAUAAAAUUUUUGAAAAUUUUAAUUCACAAGUGAGUAAAUGUACCUUAGAUAAAAUAAUAUAUAUAUAUAUAUAUAUAUGUAGUAUAAUGUAUAGCAUAAAUUUUAAAAAAUGAAAUACAACAACAACAACAACAAUAAUAACAACUACAGCAACAAGAAAAUUUCUUUUUUUUUUCUUUGUUUCACCAACAAAAAAAAAAACGUAUAUUAUCUUAUAUAAUAUAUAGAUAAUUUUGUGUAUAACAUUUUUAAAAUAUAAUAAAUAAAAUAAAAUAAGAAAUACAUACAUAUACAAAUAAAUAAAUGUUAAAUGUCUAAAAAAUUUUGUUUUGUCUCUUUGAAAAAAAAAAAAUUUAUUGAUGUUCCAAAAAUUUUAAUAUCGCGAAAUUGUAUUUAUUAUGGUCAGAAUAAAAAAUGAAACAGCAGAAAAUCAUUAUUAAAAAAAAUAAUUAUAUAUAUAUAUGUCAAUUAUAUACAUAUAUAUUGAUUGUAUUCAUUUAAAUUGAAUUCAAAAUUUAUAAACGUGACAAAUAUUUUCUUAAAAAAAAAAAACAAAAUUCUUGUAAAUCAAAAGAAAUCAUAUUUAAAUUUUGAAUAUUAUGAAACCUAUAAGUAUGCAAGGAAAAUUUUGGAAUUUAUUAUUUAACAAAAUAUUUAAAUUUUAAAAUUAAUGAUAAAUUUUUAGCUAUAAUAAUAAAAAUUAUUGCAAAUAUAUAAUUGAAGGCGAAAAUUAAUGUAAUACUAAAAUAUACCAAAUAAAUAUCAUAAAUAUAUUUGUAUAUCUAUAUUGCGAUAUAACAUUUAAUAUUCUAUAUAUAUGAAUAUUUAUCGAAAAAUUAUUUAAUUAAUAAAAUGUGCUUUUAAAAAUCUAUUAUUAUUUAUUUUAUUUUUAAUAUUAAAAUUUAAUAUACAAUUUUGUCAAUUAUUACAAAUUUCCAUAAUUGUAGCACAAUUUAUUGGAAAAAUUUCUUUAAAUUUUAAAUUAAAAAAUUUUAAAGAAAUUUUCUAAAAUAUUGCGCGUUUUGUUGAAAGUUUGAUCAAAGAGAAAAUUAUUGAUUUAUUUAUAAUUUUUAGAAACAAUCAAAUUAUAUAUGACCAAAUAAUUAAAUUUUUUUAAAAAUGAAAUUUGCUAUAAUAAAUCACAAAUGUAUAAAAGCAAAACUGUUAUAAUAUUGGAAAAUAUUCUCAAUUAACGUUAAGUGACAAAAUUGACAUAAAAUAUAACUUAGAAAUUAGAAUAGCUUAAACUACGUAAUGUCUUUGAAAUCUGGUAACAAUUUCUUGCCAGAAAACAAUAUUAAAGUAAAAAUAAUUUUAUUUUCAAAUACGAAAAUAUUUAAAGAGUUGAAAUACAAAAUUAAAAAUUCUAAUUAAAUUCCUAAACUUGACAAAACACAAAUUAUAGUUUAAGCUAUUCAAUUUUUAAAAGAUGUACUCGAUCAAAUGUAAACAAAUGCUGAUCACUUUCUAUUUGCGACAAUGAAUGCAACUACUUUCUAUUUUGACAUUAUUCAUGAUUGUGCAUAAAAAAAUUCUGUUUAACAAUUUUAUUUGUAAAAUGUUAUCAAUUUCAAUUUGUCAAUUUGAAACGGUCUAAAACAACUUUGACAUAUUUGUUUCCGUAUUUUGUUCUUAAAUUGAGAGUAUUGACAGAAUUAUUACAAAUCUAUAAAGGUACUUAAAAACAAAAUUUAAUGAAAUUUCACAUGAUUUUAUUUUAUUUUUAUUAAUAUAAAAUAAAAAUUAUCAUUUAAUAUAAUAAUAAUAAUAUUAAUUUUUAAAUGAUGAAAAAACAAAAAAAAAAAAAAUAAACGCAACAUUUCUUAUUACAAAUCAAAACAAAAAUUUAACUAAAAUGAAUUUAUUGUCCUGUUUGUGAUGUCAUAGAUUACACAAUAUUAUAAAAUAUAAAAUGUUAAAAAUAUUAUUAAUAUGUUUUACUUUUUAUAUAUAUUAUAUAAAUAUAAAAGAAAAAAAAUUAUAUAUAUACAUAUAUAUUGUAUAACAAAAUAAAUAAAUAUGUACAAGAUAAAGCUUUAAUACAAAAAUAAUAUAAUACAAAAAUUUUCAUUUACCUAUUAUAUUGAGAUUUUCUCAAUCAAAGAAUCAAAAAAAAAUAUAAUUAAAAUGUUCAAAAAUUAAAUUAUUAUAAUAAUUGUGGUCCUAUAUAUAUAUAUAUAUAUAUAUAAUUAUAACAAAUUAUUUAAUAUAAAAACAAGAAAAAUAUUUAUUUAAUUUAAAACAAUAUAAAAUCUUAUAAUAAAAUAUAAUGAGUAAUAUAACAAUAAAAUAUAAUAUCGUAUAUAAAUUUAUAUAUGAAAAUUAAUUAUAAUAGAUUAUUUUCUUAUCUAAAUAGUAUUCAUAUCGUAAUAAUUAAUUAUCAAUAAAUAAAAUAAAUGAAUUUCGUGGAAAAUAUUCCGCCAACCAAAAUAUUAAGAAAGAAUGCAUUUUUAUAGACACAUGCGUAUAUAAUUUAAAAUUUAUACAUAUAUAUAUUUAUUACAUAUUAUAUAACUAAAUAUUUAAUAAAAAUUAGAAUCAGAAUCUCUUUUAAAAAUACAAGAAAAUAUAAGAAAUCAAAAACCAAAAAAAAUGAAAUAUAAAAAAUUUAAUGAAUACAUAACACUGUUAUAUUGUCUGUAUGUAUUAUAAUUGUAUUUCAUAUAUACACAUAUACAUAUUAUAUAUAAAAAUAAUAUUUAAUUUUAAUAUUUAAUUUUAAUAUUAAUCUCUUCAAAAUUACAAAAAUUUUAUUUAAAUGGUUCAUUAAAAUAAUAAAAUUCAAUUUUAUUCAAAAUAAUUCUAUAUAUAUAUAUAUAUAUAUAUAUAUAUAUAUAUAUGUAUUAUAAAACGUUUACCCUUAUAAUAUUAAAAAAAAAAAAUUUUUAUUCUUGAAUAUCUGAAAUUGUUUGAUGUUAUACUACUAAAUAAAAAGAAAAAAUACACAAACCAAAAAAAUAUUUUAAAAUGUACUAAAAAUAUAAUUAUUAUUCGUCAUUAUCAUUAUAUAACAAUUAACAUGAUUCUGUUUGUAAAUUUUGAAAAAAGAACUAAAAAACAAAUUAAACUUGUAACUUAUAUAUACAAUUUUAUUAUAUAAAGAAAUUAUAUGCUUAUUAUAAUAAUUUGUUAAUUAAUAAUAAAUUGUUAAUUUGAAUUUUAUUUUCUUUAGUACAUAAUUAUAUUCUUUGAAUAACUAAAUAUAUAACAAAAAAAGAGAAAAAAUUUAAUAAGCAAACGAAAAAAAAAAUAUAUUUUUCAAUUUUAAUAAUAAUAUUAUAAAAUAUAUAUAAUAAAAUUAAUAAAUUAUUCUUCAAAAUUUAAAAAAAAAAAAACAAAAUUUCCAAUACAAUUUCCUAUAAAAUUUCCAACCAAUUUUCCAAUAACCAAAAAAAAACAUUCUAUAAUCAAUUCAAUGUUUUUGUUUCUCAAAAGAAUCCAUAAUAUUAUAUAAAAAUUAUAAAAAUCUAUAUAACAAUUAAAUUUUAUUAAUAUAUUUUUUAAAAAUUAAAAUUUAAUUUAAAAAGCAUAAAAUUGAAAUAAAUUCAAUAAAUACAAUUUAUAAAAUUAAUAAAAAAAAAAUUAACAAAAAAUUUCAUAAUUUUUGUUUUUUUGUUCUCAAUUAAAAUAACCCUAUAAUUAGAAAAAAUAAAUUAAAAUUAAAAAUAUUAAAUUUUAUAAUAUUUAUUAUAUAAUUAAAUAUAAAAAUUCUAAUUAUAUGCAAAUUUCAAUUUUUUAUAAAUAGGUUUCAAAAAUAUUUAAAAAAAAAUCAAAAAAAGUAAAAAGUAUAGCAGUGUAACUUUUAAAAUUCCAUAUGAGAUAAAAAUUGCAUUUCUUCCCUAUAUACUCCUAUAUACAUAUGUGUAUAACUAUAUGUGCAAAAGUACAUACAUAUAUGUAUGUAUAUGUACAUGUAUAUUAUAACAAAAUAUAUAUAUAAAAUAAAUAACAAAUUAGUUAUUCCAAAACAAAUUGUAAACUCUAAAAUAUUGUCAAAUAAAAUCUUUAAUAAUUCGGAAUAGAAUUAAGAUUGUGAUUUAUUUAGGAACAGUUUUAUUUUACUAUACUUAUUUGAUUUAUAUAAAUAAAAACUACGGCAGGCUAGUCACCUACCUAGUUAAACCCUAUGACGCUAUGAAACUAGUCCAUGAGAAAUCAUGCACUAGCCCUAUGCUCCUUCUAGGAGUGAACAAAGGAAAAAAAAAAAAAAAAAAAAAAUUUGAUUUGAGAACAGUCAAUUGAAACACAAUUUCUAAUUGAAACAGAACAGAACAUUUUCUAAUUGAAAUUUACAAGAACAAUA